AUGGAGCUGUCGUCGUCAAUCGUUCGUUUAGACGACCAAGGUCGUGGGCAUGUGCGACGGCACCCGAGCCUAGCAACCACCAGAGACGGGGCGCGCCACUACAAGGCGAGGGCCAAGUCGUACUGUAUGACCAUCGCCCAGGCUCAAGCGUGCGCCAACAUUGCGUUCGCCCUACUGCAGAACCGAUCGCUGCUGAUGGCGCAGCAGGAGAGCCACAUCAUGGCGCUUGUUGCCACGAUCAGCACCAUGUUCGACCUCGAACUGAUCGAUCCCGACGACGCUGACGCUGAAGAGCACGACAACUUCGGAUCAAUGGCCCGGGACUGCUUGCUGCGCUUGGAUGUUGCCGACAAAACUGCCGCCCUAAAGCAGAUCGUGGCCUAUGCGGAGACUCUGGUGAUCGAGCAGCAGGGCGUGCGUGCAGAGCGCGACGAUAGCAACCUGCCGCGGGAGCAAGAUGCACCUCCAGUUCUACCUGGUCAACUAGUUGGACUUCGACCGGCUCACUUCUUCCGUGAUGUGCUGGACCUGCAUCGUGAGCGCAUCCUACGCUUCUGCACCACUUUCAAUGACGCCUGGGAUGUCGCCUCUCAUCAAUGGCUGCGUCUGCGCGCGUUCUGCGUUGGACUGGCGACCAUUGUUCCCAACACUACCUCGGUCCAAUCAGACUUUUCGAUCCUAAAAUGGGAGAUUGAUCCGAACUGGACGGACUUGAUGCAUCUGUCGUUGGAGGGCAUCUUUCAAGCCAAGCAUCGCUUUGUUUUGCAGUAA